UGCUUCAGUGAUUUCUGUAUCAAAUCAUUCUAACGAGACAUUUUUCGAGAUCUGCCGAAAUUUUUAAGUGACUCCGACGUGUCGAAUAUUUAUCGAAAUUAUUUCAUUUAUUGGCGAGAUGUUGAAGCGAAACAAGAUUGAAUCCAGCACGAAAGUGCUCAUAAAUCAUCGUGAUAAAAAACACGUCAAGUCGGAUAGCCUAUCCUCGUCUACAUCACACGUCAACAGAUACGCUCAAAGAUUGAGAUGCGUGUCCUCGAGAGUUUCGUCAGCAGCAGCAACAGCAGCCAAAAAGUGCAAAUCGCACACGACAGCUGAACAGCCGGGAAAUAUCGCGGAAACUACACAGAAACAUGUGGCGGUACAUUUCGGAAAUUUUUAUGGUCUUCGGGAUAAUAUCAAGGAGACGCAUCGCGAUAAUCGUUGGAGUAAUACCCUCGGAGCAAAAGAAAUUACGGCGACUGAAUGGAAACGUCGAUCGGAAUUCACCAGACAGAUGGUGCACAAGCUGGAGCGAGCGAGUGACACGGAAGAUUACGCGCGACAAGUGUCGACCCUCCUAAAGGAGACGGUAGAGCCACCAAACUUCAGACUAAACCCAUUCCUGUCUGAAAACUCAAUUCCCAGUGGAGGCCGAAGGAUCUCGGAUUACCCACUCUGGUACAAGGAGCCUCAUGAGAUACCGUUAGUGUUCUCAAAUCCUAUCGCUCAGCUUGACGCAUGACCCUCGAGACGAGAUACAUUAACGGAAGGAGGAGGUAUACUUUUACUUACUGCCGACAUCGGAGAUAUCACGAUAACGAUAACAUGAAGUUGCUCUUGACAUGUCUUUCAUGCCGAAAAUGGAACUUCCUGAAGUCAUAAUCUUUAUAAUCUUUAAGAUGUACUCGCAAGUGGAGAGUACGGGAAAACGACUUACCGAUCAACGUGAACUGGCUGCUCCAUUGUUCCGGAACGGCACUCCGAAUGACGAUGCAUCUCAGCGCUCUAUGUCACUUGGAAUCGAUGCACUUGACACGACUAUGAAUAACGCGAUAUUAACAAUUGUCGCGAUGUAAUUCUCGCAAUACUAUGUAUAGGGUCGCGAUCAUAGACAUAAUGGUUGCUUUCCAACAAGAGACACA